AUGGCUUCAACUGAAAAUCAUACUGUUGUGCACGAGGCAAAUGGCGUGCCCUUUAGAGCUACUCCAAAGGAAUUCUUUGAAAGACAACCUAGCUCAGGUGGCCAUUUAAAAGACAUUGACCAUUACCGUGAACUCUAUGAGAAAUCCAUCAAUGAUCCUCAAGGAUUCUUUGGCCCAUUGGCUAAGGAAAUGUUAUCAUGGGACAGAGACUUCCACACCAUCAAGUCUGGUACUUUGAAAGAAGGCAAUGCCGCAUGGUUCCUCGGAGGCCAAUUGAAUGCCUCAUACAAUUGUGUCGAUAGACACGCCUUAAAGAACCCAAACAAGCCAGCUUUGAUUUAUGAGGCCGACGAAGAUAGCGACUCAUACAUUAUCACUUAUGGAGAAUUGUUGAAGGAAGUUUCCAGAGUCGCUGGUGUCUUGCAAAGCUGGGGUGUGGGUAACGGUGACACCGUUGCUGUCUAUUUGCCAAUGAAUGCCCAGGCCAUUAUCGCCAUGUUGGCCAUCACCAGAUUGGGUGCAGCACACUCGGUGAUUUUUGCCGGUUUCUCUUCAGGCUCGAUCAAGGACAGAGUCAAUGACGCCCAAUGUAAAGCAUUGAUUACUUGUGACGAAGGUAAGAGAGGUGGAAGAGUCACAAACAUCAAGAGAUUGUGUGACGAUGCUUUGGAGAGCUGUCCAAGCGUUAAACAUGUCUUGGUCCACAAGAGAACCAACAACAAGGAGAUUGCAAUGAAGGAAGGAAGAGAUUUCUACUGGGACGAGGAAACCGUUAAGUUCCCAGGUUACUUGCCUCCCGUAUCAGUAGACUCUGAAGACCCAUUGUUUUUGCUUUAUACUUCGGGCUCAACCGGUACUCCAAAGGGUGUUGUUCACACCACCGCUGGUUUCCUUUUGGGAGCAGCAUUAACCACCAAGUACGUGUUUGACGUUCACGAAGAGGAUAUUUUGUUCACCGCAGGUGACGUUGGUUGGAUCACUGGCCACACUUAUGCCUUGUAUGGACCAUUAUUGCUCGGUAUCCCAUCAAUCAUCUUUGAAGGUACCCCAGCAUACCCAGACUAUGGUAGAUUCUGGCACAUUGUGCAAAAACACAGGGCGACACACUUUUACGUUGCCCCUACAGCAUUGAGAUUAUUGCGUAAAGCAGGCCAAGAGGAGAUUAAGAAGUACGACAUCUCCUCAUUGAGAACCUUGGGUUCAGUUGGAGAACCAAUCUCACCAGAUAUCUGGGAAUGGUACAAUGAAUAUGUCGGUAAGGAUCAAUGUCACAUUUCAGACACUUAUUGGCAAACCGAGUCUGGAUCCCACUUGAUUGCCCCAUUGGCUGGUAUUACACCAAACAAGCCAGGAUCUGCAUCAUACCCAUUCUUUGGUAUUGAAACUGCAUUGAUUGAUCCAGUCUCUGGUGCUGAGAUUAAAGGCAAUGACGUUGAAGGUGUCUUGGUGGUUAAGGACCACUGGCCAUCAAUGGCUAGAACUGUUUACCACAACCACACCAAGUAUAUGGACACAUAUAUGAAUCCAUACCCAGGCUACUAUUUCACCGGUGACGGUGCUGCUAGAGACCAUGAUGGUUACUACUGGAUCAGAGGUAGAGUCGAUGAUGUUGUCAAUGUCUCUGGCCACAGAUUAUCCACCGCUGAGAUUGAAGCUGCGUUGAUUGAAGACCAAAAAGUUGGUGAGGCGGCUGUCGUUGGUAUCAAUGAUGACAUUACCGGUCAAGCUGUGAUUGCAUAUGUUGCAUUAAAGGACUCCAACACCGAGCAAACAGAAGAAGAUCUCUUGACCUUGAGAAAAGAAUUGGUCUUGAUUGUGAGAAAAUCUAUUGGUCCAUUUGCCGCACCCAAGGCUGUGAUUGUUGUUGCAGACUUGCCAAAGACAAGAUCGGGUAAGAUUAUGAGAAGAAUCUUGAGAAAGAUUAGUUCGAACGAAGCCGAUCAGCUAGGCGACAUUACCACUUUGCAAAACCCGCAAUCGGUGGAAGGUAUUGUUAAGUCCUUUGCUGCUCAAUACGGAAAGAAAUAA